AAGUGAAUAUAAUUGUAGAUAUUAACUAAACGUUUAUCAUCAUGGCGAAGAAACCGAACAAGAGAGAACAUAAUGAAAGAACAAAGCAGACGAGUAUAUUCUUUCCAUGGGGUAAGAUCCUAUUCUCAAGCAUAAUUGGUAUUAUAUCUUACAUGGUAUACCAACAAUUAUGUGUGCACCCCUCACUACCCAAAAUGAAUCUGAACCAAUGGUGGGGGCCGUAUCCUAUAGAUAAUUAUGCAGAUGUAUCUAUAAGACCAUUCAAGAUUCAAUUUUCAAAUGUGAUGGUAAAUGACCUAAAAGAGCGUCUCCUACACCGCAGACCGUUUUCACCUCCCCUUGAGGAUGCUGGUUUUACCUAUGGCUUUAAUACAAACUUCCUAACUCGUAUACUAGAUUUCUGGCAGAAUAAAUACAAUUUCAAAGAAAGAGAAAACUUUCUCAACAGAUAUAAUCAUUACAAAACUUCAAUACAAGGACUAGACAUUCAUUAUAUGCAUGUUAAGCCAAAAGUGGAUCCAAAUAUUAAGGUGCUGCCAUUACUAAUGCUGCAUGGUUGGCCAGGCUCCAUACGGGAAUUCUACGAGAUCAUUCCAAAGCUAACCACCCCUAGGCCGGAAUACAAUUUUGUCUUCGAAGUCAUAGCGCCUAGCUUACCAGGGUUCGGAUUUUCACAGGCAGCAGCGCGUCCUGGCCUAGGCUCAGUAGAGAUGGCGGUAAUAAUGCGAAAUCUAAUGGAACGAAUUGGUCACCCCCAGUAUUAUAUACAGGGUGGCGACUGGGGGCAUAGCGUGGGAUCCAAUAUGGCUACACUAUUUCCUAUUUCCGUAUUAGGAUUUCAUACUAACUGCCCUAUUAUUCUCAACCCGCCGCAUUCUAUUAUGCACUACAUACUAGGCUACAUUUGGCCGAGUGCCGUGGUCUCCCCUAUUGAGAAGAGCCGCAUGUUCCCAUUCUUUGACCACGUAUCAUUUUGGCUGGAGGAAUUCGGUUAUAUGCAUUUGCAGGCCACGAAACCUGACACUAUUGGCAUAGCCCUAACAGAUUCCCCCGCGGGUUUGGCUGCAUACAUCCUAGAGAAAUUCUCAACUUGGACAAAUAAAGAAAACCGCAAAGCUGGCGACGGCAAUCUGCUGGAUAAAUAUGCACUCUCAAAUCUGAUGGAUAACAUAAUGAUAUAUUGGAGCACGAAUAGCAUAACUACAUCAAUGAGAAUGUAUGCUGAGAGCAUGAGUAAAAGAGCUUUUAGUUUGAAGAUGGACGAAAUUCCAACGGAAGUACCAACGUGGGGCAUAAAGUUCAAACACGAGAUCAUGUACCAACCGGAUGGUGUACUGAAAUCCAAAUACAAGAACUAUUUGCAUAGCACUGUGGUGGAGGAUGGUGGACAUUUCGCGGCCUUCGAGAAUCCUGGCAUCCUGGCCGAUGACGUGUUUGCAGCUGUGUAUACCUUCCAACAAUUCCAACUAAGUAGAAUGAAAGAGAAAGGAAUCGCACAACGAACUGACACCGAAGAAUCAAAUUCUGACGUCCAAAAAGAAACAGAAAUACCAAAACAAGAGGCACCAAAAACUAUUUACGACUUUACAGUCAAAGAUUUACAGGGCAGAGAAGUAAAACUAGACAAAUACAAAGGCUUUGUUUUAAUAAUUGUCAACGUAGCUACUUACUGCGGUCUCACAGACAGUAACUACAAACAAUUGAAUGACUUAUACGAAAAAUACGCCUAUUCAAGAGGUCUGCGUAUACUGGCUUUCCCAUGCAACCAAUUCGGCGGCCAAGAACCUGGGACCGAAGAAGAAAUUUUAGAGUUUACUAGAUCGAGAAGUGUGCAAUUCGAUUUGUUUGAGAAAAUCGAAGUGAAUGGAGACAAUGCACAUCCGUUAUGGCAAUUUUUGAAGACGUCAGUAAAAGGAACUAUGGGAGAUUUCAUUAAAUGGAAUUUCUCUAAAUUCAUUGUGGACAGAAACGGGGUCCCAGUAGAGAGAUUCGGGCCUACAGUCGAGCCUAAGGAUAUAGAGCCUUAUUUGGCUAAGUAUUGGUGACAUCAACUUGAUGAAUCGCUUAUUUUAUUGAGUUUCGCAGGACUGGCUAUGUGCAUUAUUGGUAUUAUAAUACUUUUUAUAUUUAUAACUUGGGCGUGUUACGCCAAUAUAUUUUAAAGAGUCAUUUUUGACCAAAAAUAUUGCAUUUAAACAUGAAACAGUGCAUGAAAGUGGUGGUUUACCGUAUAUUUCAAUUAGUUGGUUUUAUAGGAGUCGUUUGACCCGUUUGUACCGAACCCUGUACAUUUUGUUGUUUUUAUUAAUUUUAUCUUAUAAAAAUAAUUCUUAAGUUUUCUUUUUGUUUUAAUUAUUUUUAUUUUUUUGCAAUAAUAUAUGUA